CUAGACGCAAUUUUGCCAAUAUUGUCCCCUUAUAAAACACAACAUCACCAUUAAAUCAACAUUAUCGUUUAUCUUACGUGUUUAUAAGCAGACCGCUGGAACAACCGUGCACAACAAACAUUACAAAUGAUGUCUUUGCAUUAUUAAAUCGCUCGAAAGCGGUACCGUGGGCGUAAAAGCGUGUCCUUUACGCAUCAGCAUAAAUAAGUAUUUAAAAUGAAGAUUAACGAGAAGAAUUUGUGUGCGUUCGCGUCUUCAGCGACGCCCGUGGACCGAGAGGGUUGGCUGGACAUGCGGGAGGCGGGCAAGAGCUACACGCGCCGGUGGUUCACGCUGAAAGGGAAUCUGUUGUUUUACUUCGAUAAGAAGGGGGAUAAGGAGCCAGCGGGCGUUAUUGUGCUGGAAGGAUGCACUAUUGAGCUAACAGAAGAAGAGGAAGCCUACAGCUUCAAGAUUGUCUUCCAGUGUGCGGGCGGACGGACAUUCUACCUGUGCACCAACUCGCAGGCCUCCAUGGAGGCGUGGAUGAAGGCUCUGGCUUGUGCCAGCUAUGACUACAUGAAGCUUAUGGUGGCGGAGCUGCAGAGGCAGCUAGAUGAAGCUGAAGCGGAGGCAGCAGCAGAGGCCGCAGCGUUAGUAACCACACCAACUGAGGAGCCUCGCGCGCCGCCGCGGGGACAGAGAUAUAAUCCCUUCAACAAGCUGCCAGAGAACGAGCCAAAGGCCGUGCAAGGCAGCAGGCACCAUAAAGAGAACCUCCGGCCAGAUAUGUCUCGCAAGAAAGUUCCGUUCCGCGAUAUCCACACCGCAUUCGGCCGCAAGAUCCUCUUAGACCGUAGCGAGUGGCGCGCCACGCUGGCCAAGCGACAGAAGGCGGUAGAAUCAUCCCUUAUACAGCUAUAAUAUCGUGAAUGGAAAGUUGAAAGAUUAUUCGUCUGCAAUUUUACAAAAGACACUAUUUAACUUCUACACCCUUACGCUUAGACCAGGCACCCGUCCACCCCUUGCCAGAAAAAAGCCUUUAAAUGGCUUAGUCGUUUAUCGAAUAUCCCAAACGAUUGACUUUCCCUUUGAUUUGCUUACCCAUUCAUUUGAGUUAGCUCUAGGGUUUCCCUUUCAGAAACACCGCUCGCUAGAAUGAAAGGGUAUAGGGACCGUGCGCGUUGGAGGGUCUGCCAUCUUGUGGCCUGAAUUGGAACCUUAAACAUGUACAUUUACACGUCACGUGUUUUCUUGUGCAUAGUAGGUUGUGCCAUCUUGUGGGCUUCAUCGGAACAAUAAACAUCACAUUUACGCCUCGCGCCAAAAAUCUGACGGCUCCUGUGCUGCCUCCUACAGUUCAUGCACGCUCCCUAUCCCCUUCCUAAUUAAAAAAAUUAUGACAACUGCUGUCAACGUGUUAGACACGCAGUCCUUCGCUUUAAACAUAACUAAGAAGUAUUUGAUUCUAUUUUUACGAAGAUAAAGUUGAAAAUGUCAUAAGCGUUAAAACUUAUAAUCGAGACCCCUUAAAGAGGAUAGCGCUUAGGAACGGGUAUCAGCUUACCCGUAUUACGAAGCGCAUAAAACACCAAAUGAAAGGGUUUUAGUUAGCAACGGCUUUGGUAAGCAAAGCAUUACGAAAUACCCUUCCAUAACCCUCGAAGGGGAUACCGGACCGAUUCCUGGCUUAGACAUUCACACCUUUGGGUGCAAGAUGCUCGAGCCGAACGACAAAAAGCGGUAGAAACACCUUUUAUUAGUUAUAAAAAGUGACAGAAGUUUGUAAAAUAAUCGCUUACACAGUUACAAAAUAACAGUCCGUAUACGAAGCGAUAGAAAGCUGUUGAAUCGGCACAUGUACUUCCGUAAGAAGCAAUCAAAUGGUGUGUGAUCACAGCUUAUACAGCAGUGAUUAGCAACGCGGCGUCACCGCUUGCUUAUACAGUCAUCGUCAAAUACUUCGUAGCAGUCAAAGUGGCCAAAUAGUUCGGUACACCAUACUAAAUAUAUGGUGUACCGAACUAUUUGGCCACUUUGACUGCUACGAAGUAUUUGACGCUGACUGUACAUCGAGAUACACACGUCGAGAUUUGUGCAAAAAUUACGUUUGGCGACCUUCAAACUGGCAAUUGUGGUCGGAGCCUUCCUCAAAAAUAUUGGAUUCGAAUUAUGUAUUUCACGAUUUCACAAUCAAGUAAAUGUUUUGAUUCACCGCCUGCACUUUAGCUAUAAUUAGGCGUAUAAUAGGAUAAGAGACCUUUACUUAAAUAAAUUCCAUGAGGUGAGAUUUUAGGCAAAAAAUCUUCAUAAUGGUUUCGAAAUCCAAAGGGGUGCCUAUUCAUGAGAACUUUGUACAGUCAGCGUCAAAUACUUCGUAGCAGUCAAAGUAGCCAAAUAGUUCGGUACACCAUAUAUUUAGUAUGGUGUACCGAACUAUUUGGCCACUUUGACUGCUACGAAGUAUUUGACGCUGACUGUACGUAUGUAUGUGUUGUUAUGAUUAUUGCAAUUAUUAUCACAGUUUCACAGUGAAAAAACAUUUAGGACAAGAAGCUACAAAAUAUUACGAAAGUAUUGAAGUGUUAUCAUUAUUAAUGAUCCGCUGACCCAACUUUUGUUUGAAUUAUUCGUCAUGUUACAAAGCGUAACAAUUUGAGUCUUUUCACCCAUGUGAUAAGGUCGACAUUAAACCAUUGGCCUAGAAUAAAAAUUCUGUUAUAUUUUCUUGAUUAUCAUUUAAUAGUGUACUAUUAAGAAGGUUAUAAUAUUGAUAAAUUGUUAAAUAUGCGCUCACUUGCCUAUCAGUAUUAAAAAGCGCUUCUUCUAUUAGUUCCUACAUCGAUGUAAAUAACUAUUUAAAUGAAAUAAAUGAAACGACGGUUGUA